AUGGAAAGUAUUUUAAUGGUAUCGGAAUGUGUUGCUGGUAGAUUUGCUGCCUAUUGGAUCAUAUGGCACGCUGUAGUAUGGACUGACAAAACACCAAAAACCAUACAAAAAAGAAAACAAAAACGCCGUGCACGCAUUGGUGACUUUGAAAUUGUAUUCAAGCUUUGCAGACGAUUUGGAAAUUGA